CAGACGUGUCCAGUCUGAGUGCAGCCUAAACAGUGUCUCAUCUCUCCCUGGGAAAGGGGAUCAAGAUGGCCUGGUGGAAAGCUUGGAUGGAACAGGAGGGUGUCACGGUGAAGGGCAGCCCCCACUUCAACCCAGACCCGGAUGCAGAGAUCCUCUACAAAGCCAUGAAGGGAAUUGGGACCAACGAGCAGGCCAUCAUCGAUGUGCUCACCAAGAGAAGCAAUGCCCAGCGGCAGCAGAUCUCCAAGUCCUUCAAGGCUCAGUUUGGCAAGGAUCUCACUGAAACCUUGAAGUCAGAACUGAGUGGCAAGUUUGAGAGACUCAUCGUGGCCCUCAUGUAUCCACCAUACAGAUACGAGGCCAAGGAGCUGCAUGAUGCCAUUCAGGGCUUAGGAACCAAAGAGGGAGUCAUCAUUGAGAUCCUGGCCUCUCGGACCAAACACCAGCUGCAGGAGAUAAUGAAAGCAUAUGAGGAGGACUAUGGAUCCAGCCUAGAGGAAGACAUCCAAGCAGACACGAGCGGCUACCUGGAACGGAUCCUGGUGUGCCUCCUGCAGGGGAGCAGGGAUGAUGUGAGUGGCUUUGUGGACCCAGGACUGGCUCUUCAAGAUGCACAGGAUCUGUAUGAAGCAGGAGAGAAGAUUCUUGGGACUGAUGAGAUGAAAUUCAUCACCAUCUUGUGCACACGCAGUGCCACUCACCUGAUGAGAGUUUUUGAAGAGUAUGAGAAAAUUGCCAACAAGAGCAUUGAGGACAGCAUCAAGAGCGAGACCCAUGGCUCAUUGGAGGAGGCCAUGCUCACCGUAGUGAAAUGCACCCAAAACCUGCACAGCUACUUUGCAGAGAGACUCCACUAUGCCAUGAAGGGAGCAGGGACACUCGAUGGGACCCUGAUAAGGAACAUUGUUUCCAGGAGUGAAAUUGAUUUAAAUCUUAUCAAGAGUCAAUUCAAGAAAAUGUAUGGCAAGACCCUCAGCAGCAUGAUCAUGGAUGACACCAGCGGUGACUACAAGAAUGCCCUGCUGAGUCUGGUGGGCAGUGAUCCUGAUCCCUGAAGACACUGAAGAAUGAGAGCAGAGGCCAAAAAGCUAGAGACUCCAGGCCCUGCUUGCACAACCUUGGCAAUGGAUAGGGGUGUGGGUGGGAACCUCAGCCAGGCUUUUAGACUUCUAUCUCCUAGUUCCCAGUGCUUUUCAGUCAAUAUUUCUUAUUCAGAGGAUGAGACCAGCCUGGGGUUCCUCUUUCUACCCUUUUCUCUGGACAUUUUUAGAUGUAUGUACUAUGCCAACCUUAUCAUACCUCUAACCAGACAAAUACAUCAGCAUGAAGGGGUCUGCUGGGGCUCAGUGGUCUUUCUUUACUUUCUAGACUGGUGUUUCUCAAGUUUGAUUGGUCAGAGAAUCACCUAGGUACUGGUUACACAGAUCCCUUGGCUCUGCCCCAUCUUCUGAACCUAGUAAAGAAGACCAGGGAAUAUCUGUCUCAGCUAAGAUAUGUUUUUCUAUCAAGCAACAGUAAGAAUACCAUGAAAACCCUUUUGUUGUAGAGCUCACAUCCUGUGGGAAGCUGGGAAAGGGACACUUUUUCCUGCCAAUUAGGAUGCCUCUAAUAAAACUCAUUCACAAGCCUCAACAGAAAUCUUGAAGCUUUGGCUGGAAGAGAAAUUUUCAUAUCAUCCUGAUAAGAGAGUAAUUAGACUACAAAUCAACAUUCUGACCCAAGGAUGCUAUGUCGAAAGAGGCUGAGACUUCUUCAUUUGCCAACCAACUCUUGACACAUCAUGCAGCAGAGGGCAGCAUGCCAGACCCUGAACAGAACACUUACCCUGACCCAGUGGCCAUUGAGCCCAGACACCCAGAGAAGCUGAGGGUAGUCUUUCCAAAUAUGUUUGAUUUUAUGAAUAAUAAACAUUUGUGUAAUCAAA